GUGUGCGAGAAGGGCUACAAGCGGGAUGCAGACGAGCAAAUGGUCGCCCCCGCUCACCGCUGAUUGCUUCGUGCAGUAGCAAGACGAUGCCAUCCUUUCGUCCAGCCUCCGCCACCAUGCCCGGAGACGACGGCAGAGUGAUUCCCCCGGACGAGGUCCAUCACCAGCCCGAGGACGGCCGUGGCGACGCCGAAUUCUCUCCAGAAAUGCCGUUCUCAGGCCGAGCGCCGGCGUGGGAUUUUGUCGCUAUUGCGGAAACCCUUGCACCUCGGCAGAGACCCGCAACGCGGAGUAUGGGAGGAGAGCCUCUAGGGCGACAUGGUGCAGCCGGAGCUCAGCCAGCAUCUCACGGAGUGGCGGUCGCUAGGCCGAGUGCAAGAGGGAUCACUAGCCUACCACGUAGGACCCCAGUCGUCAACAUUGACAACACGCCAGGACCGCGCCGCACUACUCAGCCUGCAGGCCGCCGUGCAUGCACACUAGGUCUCGUGUCGUUGGAAAUUGGGUUGAAGGGCUUUGGGGGCCAUCGAAGCAAUUGGUUCCUCGACGCUUUGCUGACCACGCUGCCCUUUGUUGUUGGGCCGCAGGGAGCCGCACCGGCAUAG